CAGUGGGUGGCGAUAACGUGCAACAUUGCGCGCUUACAGCAGAGAGCGAACUAGCGAAGAAGAGAUUCAGGAGGGCCGUUUGAAAAGAUUCACAGAUCACACCGCUUGUAACAUUUAUAACGCUUGAAAACUAUACAUUUCAGUAUGAUUUAAUAAUAUUAAGAAUCACGAUGUUUUAGUCAUUAUGAGCAAAGAACCUCAAGUUCAAGAAAUGACAGGAGAUCUGCUUGGUGGUGUGAGGGGCCAAUCCUUCUACCUGCAUGAUGUGAAGAGACAUCAGUCUGCCACACUCACUGAUAUCAUCAUCCGUCUGGGAGGGAAAGUAGACAGUUUCCUCACUAAGGAUGUGAAUGUGGUUGUGACGGGCACUAAAGAAGCUCAUAGUGAUUUGCUGGUGAAUAGUUCAUGUACUGCAGGGGGGAAACAAUCUGGAACCCCCAAACCUCUGGUUUGUGGCAGUCGUGGAAGAGCGUUACUGGAAAAAGCCAUCCACAGCAAUGAGAAGUAUCAGAACAGUGUUCUGGCUAAUGCUCGCUCAUGGGGAGUCAAGGUCUACAAUGUAGAUGAAUUUCUAAAGUUUAUCUAUCAUCUGAAUCAGAAAAUGAGGACAGCGAAGAAAAAAAGAAGCAAACUAACAGCUCCUCAUGUGAAAGCUGGAGCCUUGAGGGGUCCUUAUCUGAAAGUGGAAGACUUCAGUCGGAAGUUCAGACCAUACUAUGCACAGAAUCUGAGUUUCCCGAUGAUGAGUUACUCAGGAAAAUAUAGCCCUUUUGAGCUUCGCAUUCCUCGGCAGGCUGGUAGAAGCAAGGAUGAAGAUCCCAGCAAAGACAAUUUCAGGAAGAAGGAAGAACCCACUAGCAGCUGCCAUAAGUUGCAGGUGCCACUUACAGCAAGUGCCACACCCAAAGGCCCAACUAAGAAAAGUUCAGGCUAUUGUGAAUGCUGCCACAUGCCCUACAAAGACCAGUAUGAGCACUUGGAAUCUGAGAUGCAUCGUUCUUUCAUUCAAAAUGACAGUAACUAUGCUGUAGUGGACCAACUAACGGCUGGCAUGCAUGCUAGUUUUGUUUAUAAUCGAGAAGUGGAUCCAACGCUAAUCAAGUCAUCAGCAGACUUCUUCCCAUUACAUUUGAAUCAUUUAACUGAGAUGGUUCAGAAUACUGUCAGUGAAGAUGAAAAAUCUCUGCAGACUCCACUGGUUGAAGACUGUGGUCAUCUACCUCCAAUUACUGACAUGUUUUCUUUAGCUUUAGACAACAGAGAAAUCUUUCCUGAUCCUAGCCACGGUCCAUCUGGACAGCGAAAUGCGUUCUCACAUCUUGAUACAAUUCAAAAUAACUGCUCUGAUCCUCUUGACAAUGACAAAUUAGGCCUUUACAUCAGCUGCACCACAAAGGUUCAAGACUUUCAAUCGGGUGUUCUCUGCAUGGAUAUAGUCCCACAUCACAUCUUCUCAAAAUCCCAGUCUAUAGAGAAGAAACUCAAAAGCCUCUCUUCUGUCACACCCUCAGAAACUCAAUCUAAAAUGCUCACCAUAAGCUCCCCCGGAGAUGACAAAAUCCCAUGUACCAUCUCUGGUGAUGACUAUGUCCCUGAAACUCAGGAUCGAUGUGAAAGGGGUAGUGGUCGACUUGUAUUGCAUAAUCCAGAGAGUCUUACAGUUGUUGUUUCUAACACAGUCUGCUCUCAAUAUCAAAACCAGAAUUGGGACCAAGAUUCAAAAAUAUGGUCAAACAGCCCUAAAAUGCAGCUAAAAUGUGGCCAGUUUGUGAUGGACAAUAGAAAGUUAUCUUCAACAAAACAGUCACUAAAAUUGGCCCAAGAUAUUGUUGGGUCUCCAGAGUUUGGCAUCUCUUACUUUUCAUUACCUCAUUUACUACCAUUUCCACAUUUGUCAGAUUACCCAUUUUCUAUAGUUAACUUAAAAAAGCGCUGUAGGUCCUUCACUCCAAGUCCAAAACUUGCCAAGAGAAGAAAGAUUAGCCAAAGCAAAAAGCCAAAGCUAUCCUGGGAUUGCAGACAGUACUCAUCUGUACUUUCUACCAUGUCAUGUUUACCAACCUCCAAAGUGGUUUUUGCAACAAAGCUGAAUAAUCGAACUGGAGGUGCCUUACUAGAAUCCCAUGAAUCAUCACUGAAAGAAUCAUCUUUUGCAAAACAGAUCCCAACGCAGCCUUCCCUAAAAUAUUUUACUCCUCCCAAUACCCACUAUUUGCCUCAAGUUGACCAAAAGGACAAUGACGGAAUUCAACCUCGUGUCCAUGUUGAGCAGUCGUAUGAAUUGUUUCCAAUCAAAGAUCCGGUGGAAUCCAGAGUAACCACUUACCCAUCUGAUUUGGAUCCCCCUCAGUUGGUUCCAUUUUUCCAUGAAGACCAUUGGCUCCAGCGCCAUCAAUAUCAUGAUCCUCCAGAACUGUUUCCUGAAGAUACCUCCCAUACAUCAGUCAGUAAAGCCUCAAACAGCUCAUUCCUGUCACAAUCCGCAGCCUCCGUUUGCAUUGAAUCUGCUCUCCUCCCUAACCUCACGUGGUCCACGGCAUCUUCAGAGUCAGAUUGGGACUCUGGACUCUUAUCGUGGCUUGCAACUGCAGUUCCUCUUCAGGCUAAAGGGGGUCAUGAUGACCUGGGUCUGUUACUACAAAAACCACACACUGGCAUGCAGGAUGGGAGCUAUACAUCACGGUUGUGCUCCAUACUGCAACCCUCUUGAUUGACAAUUUUUGGAAUGAUGUUGCACCAAUACACGCAAUAGGACAAUUGCGACUGUUGAUGAAUUCAAUCCUAAAGCAGUCGAUUCCUUCAUUCUCAGUAGUCCUCAUUUUUUCACUUCAACAAUUGAAUUAUGAUUUCUACCACCAUUAGUCGAGAAAUAAGACUUGUUGAGUGAAUUGUUGUGAAGUUUUGUAUUUCAUGUAGAACAUUUAUUUAUAGAGGUGGGCUUCUGCACACCGCUUUGCAGCUAAUGUGUUCCAAAUGUUCCUUCUGAUAAAGACUGUUGUGAUAAUGAAUCAGUCUUGUCUUAAAUCAAUAUUUAUACAUUUUUGUCAAGCACAUUGGAUAUUCCUUUCCACAGCAUUGUAUGUUUGUCUCCUAGUAUGCAAUAUCUACCAAAACCAACAACAUAGUUUUUCAUUAGUAUUUCGUGUUCUCCUCUUCGAAUGACCUCCAUGACUUCUCUUUUGGCUCUCUCUUUCCCUCUGUUUUGACCAUGACUUUUCAGCAGCAAUAUCCGGGAACAUGUGCUGGUAUUGAGACUUUAAUGAGGCUUUGCUGGAGGGGCAUUAUCCAAUUAGUUUAAGUGCUGUGCCUGGCUUCUCUCCAGUUUAGAGGCAGUGUUGAUGGUAGAACAAUGCUGCGGUGGUUUUUGAAGAACAUGCAGGGUAGGAUACGCUGUGAAGGCAGAAAUGUCCUGUGGUUCCAUGUAGGUCUUUGUGGUAUUUUGAGGUCAUUUUUAAAAAACCUUUCAGAUUUCCUGCAAAUGUGUAGUUGUAUGACUUGUACAAUGGACAGUGUUUUAAUUAUUUGAUGCUAAUUAUUGUUUUAGGGCAUCUUUUAAUGACAGAAUUAUGUGCAUUCCUAUUACAGAAGUUCUGAAGGGAGUAUGUAGAGCAUGUACCACUGCUGUCUCUGUAGUGUGACUAAAAUCUUGAGCUUAUACGAUUUUCCAUUAACACUGGAAAUUAGCCUUAUAAAGAGAGCCUUAGGGAAAUUGUACACGUUUUAAGACCCAAGUUCUACAAUAUUAUUUUGAUUAUUUUAUUAUGUACUAUUGUUUUGGUAUUUGUACAGUUUUAUAUUAAAAGCUGUUUACUCACAUUUUACGUGCUGAUUUAGCAGUAUUGAGUUUCAUGCAUUAUUAAAAUCAGACAAAAUGGUCAGUUUGUGUGCUUAUUUAUGUAAAACUAUGACUUGUGUUGAAUGAAGUUAUAAAAAUAUUCGCUAUAGUCUUUUUUUUGGUUCAGGUAGAUAUUGUUUGUUUAUUACAGGGUGUUUUUAUUAUGAAUGGGUGUGUGGAAGGAGCUUGAUCAUUUCUACUGUAACUUAUGCAAUUAUUAAAAUAAAUAAUCUUUAGAUAUUG